AUGUUGGAUUUCAGGAUCGAUAAUGGUGUAACUGCUGGGAUGAUGAUGGGGAUUCCAGUCGAGCUAGAGGUUACCACAGUGGAGAACCAUAAUGAAAUGGGCGAGAGCUCAGGUCAAGCAAUGAUUGAGCAAGACGAUGAAGACCACAACGAAGCAGGUGAGAACUCUGGUCAAGCAAUGCUUGAGCAAGAUGAGAAGAACGAGCACGACAAAAUCCAGGAGCUGAUGCAGCAGCUAGCUGCAGAGAAGAAGAGGGCGGCUACUUACAAAAGGCAUCUGGAGAUGCUCUUUGAGCAGAUCGAACAGCACAACGAGAGUCUUACUAAGAGAAUCCAACACAUAGUAGACAAUGUGAGGGAUUUGGAACAGAGAGAUCGUCAACAGAACCAAGUAUAGUCUUUUUUUGUCUUUUUCCUUUGUUCAUUUUUCACCAGUUUGAUUUAGGAGAUAGAUCUUCUCUUCUUUAUUCCUCCUUUUUCUCUCUUUUAAUAAAGUUUCUUUUCUUGUCGAAAAAACAAAAGAGCUUGCGUUUGCCUUAAACAAAGUUUUGCUUUUGUUUUUCAUUCUUCUUAUGUUCUAACAUUGAUUUGGUUCGGGUGAUGCAUAGGCGUAGUUUAGUAGUGUACAUAAGGUGAUGUUUUUUAAGCUAUGUCAAGAUACUCUGUAAUAAUAUCAUCUUUUUUUUCCGGAAGAUCUUCCUGCUGGUUGAAAAAAUUAAGUAGCUUUUGUCUAAUAUAUUUUAACAAUUCAGUUCAAGAUUGCAAAACAUAAAACGAAAUUAUUUACAGAGGAAAAAAGGAUAAGAUCAGCUUAAUUAGACUUGGCUAAAGCCACUAGUUUUCAUCAUCUGAAGAAACUCCUUGAAAUUGACUCUACCAUCCCCAUCUUCAUCCACUUGCCUAAUCAUCUCCUUACAACACUCUAGGGUUUUACCUUGCUUGAGUCCCAAGGAAGCCAUCACAGACUUUAACUCCUCAACAGUAAUAAACCCAUCACCGUCUUGAUCAAACACAUUGAACGCAUCUCGCAUAUCCUCUUCCACUUUUUCUUCGACGAUCGAACCGCAGAUAGACUCAAACUCGUGUAUGUCUACACAUCCAUCUCCGUUUGCAUCCAUCUUCUGGAUCAUUUGGAUCAGAUCUUUGUCUGGCAUGAAGAUUCCUAGAUUCUCUAGGGAAUCGUUUAGCUCUUCUUUUGUAAUGCGUCCGUCUCCGUUCUUGUCGAACACCUGAAACACUCGUUUUAGAUCCACCGCGUCUGUUCUCGCCGGAGAUUCAGAUUUCGACGGUGGUGGGUUCUUGUCGUCGAUAUACCAAGAGGGCGGGAAGAGAACUCUUAGCUUCUUGGGGACCAAACAGAGAAGAAAGGAGUUAAAAAGACUGUAGAGAAGAAAGGCUCUCACCAUAGUUCUUGGCUUUGUUAAGAACAGAGAUCGAAAGAAAACAGAGCUUUGAUGUUCUGUUACACAGAGAAACUUGAAAUGGAUAUCGUCUCAGAUGAUCUUUUAUAGAGGGGGACUGGGGAGAGAGAUGGGGAUGCAGUUAAUAUAUAGUAUCAUUUUUGGUACAACCGUUGAUUCCAAUAAUUAACCUAGAUGUUACCUCUUUGCUUA